UGGAUUCAAGCUGUCUGUCUGGAACUGAUGUGGGAGUGCUGGGGUAACUGGGGCUGGAGUUUGGUGGGGCACCCUGCCCCACAGCUCUGCACGCCUGAGCCAGUCUUCCCAGUAACCCUCCUGCAUACUGUGGUGUGCUCCUGACCCUCUGCCCCUGGGUUCCACAGGUAGGGGAGAAAAGGGAAGCAUCCGGCUAGUACUUGGUGGCUGUCUGAAAGUUCCCAUGUCAUUCUUGCUUUCCAGGGAUCUGCUACACAAUAUUUGACCUGGGCUUCCGCUUCGAUGUGGCCUGGUUCCUGACAGAGACCUCACCCUUCAUGUGGUCCAACCUGGGCAUUGGCCUGGCCAUCUCCCUGUCCGUGGUGGGAGCUGCUUGGGGGAUUUACAUCACGGGCUCCAGCAUCAUUGGUGGUGGAGUCAAAGCUCCUCGGAUCAAAACCAAGAACCUGGUCAGCAUCAUUUUCUGUGAGGCUGUGGCCAUCUACGGGAUCAUCAUGGCAAUUGUCAUCAGUAACAUGGCUGAGCCUUUCUCUGCAGUGACCCCAGAGACGAUUGGAGCCAGGAACUACCAUGCAGGUUUCUCCAUGUUUGGGGCUGGCCUGACUGUGGGGUUAUGCAAUCUCUUCUGUGGGGUCUGCGUGGGCAUCGUGGGCAGUGGGGCUGCCCUGGCUGACGCCCAGAAUGCCAGCCUUUUCGUCAAGAUCCUGAUCGUGGAGAUCUUUGGCAGUGCCAUAGGGCUGUUCGGGGUCAUCGUUGCUAUCCUGCAGGUACCUGCCUCCUGGGGCCACCAGGCUUAUGUGGGCACGAGGUGCCUGUCACCCUGGGUGCUCUUCAGCUCCAGAGAGACACUCCUGGGCUCCAGCACAAUCCUCAGCAUUGGGAUGGAGAGGUUGCUUGUGAGGUUUGGGGUGGCACAGCUCUCCCCACAGCACACCCUGCCUAUUUGCAGCAGUGUGAACUCUUUUUGAUGGCCCCUCUGAGCCACUGUCAGCUCGGGUGCACCCUGUGUGAUGCUUGUGUCUUAUUAAUGGGGCUGAUAAGCUGUCUGCAGCUUCUGGAUGGUCCUGGGGUGCUUGGGUGGGACUGGGAUGCUGGGCUGCGGGUUGUGGGGCACGGCCUAACCUCUCUUCUCUCU